UGCGACUCUCUCAGAGCUGCUAAAGAGAAUCUCUCGAAGCUCCUUCUAACGUGCUUUAGGAGAGACAUGGCACAAACUGGGCUUUGGAUUUUUCUACUCGUAAGCAUACUACUGCUGGACCAGACCAUCAGCCAUGCUUCCAAACUCAAAGCCAGGAAGCACAGCAAACGUAGAGUGAAAGAAAAGGAUGACCUGAAGACCCAAAUUGACAAAUUGUGGCGAGAAGUAAAUGCUCUGAAAGAAAUGCAAGCGCUUCAGACAGUCUGUCUUCGUGGGACAAAGGCCCAUAAGAAGUGCUACCUCACAUCAGAAGGCACCAAAUAUUUUCAUGAUGCCAAUGAAGACUGCAUAGCUAAGGGAGGGACGCUGGCUAUCCCAAGGAAUAACGAUGAAACAAACACUCUUCGAGAUUAUGGCAAGAAAAGUAUGCCUGGAGUGUCUGAGUUUUGGUUGGGUGUCAACGACAUGAUAAAUGAAGGGAAAUUUGUUGAUGUCAAUGGCAUGGCUCUACAGUACUUCAAUUGGGAUCGUGCCCAACCAAAUGGGGGGAAGCGUGAAAACUGUGUCUUUUUUUCUCAGUCAUCACAAGGCAAGUGGGUGGAUGAAGUCUGCCGUACUGCCAAAAGAUAUAUUUGUGAAUUUCUGAUCCCAUAAUUACAUUACAAAUGCCCAUGACCAUGUUUAGGGUUAUUAACAUGCAGUUUUGCUUGUUAGUAACCCCUCCCACUUAGACAGCGGUGAGUUAAAAAUAUCCGUCUCCUGCAUUGUACUUACUCUAUCCUAAAACAGAAGUUUUCUCUAUUAAUUUAUUUUCUAUUCAGAUGCUAAAAAUGUUAUGUUUAGUGAGUUCUCUCAUUAGGUACAGGAAUAUGUAUUAUGUUUUGACCUACACUGUAUCAUAUUUUGGCAUAUUAUUUCAGCCUGAUGUUCGGGUUGCUGGAAUUCACCUCCUGUUUCUGUACUUCAUCUCUCCAUGGUAGGGUAGUACUUAUUUGAACUCGGAACUCUAGUGAAUUUAUUGAAAGUUUACAAAAGAUUGCUGUCUGGUAACGUGCCAAUAUAAGGCAUAGGGAUCCUUUCAGUUCCAGCGCUUAAGAGGGACUUUGGGAUUAUGUGAGCUCCUGUGAAAAAUGGCCCUCAUCCAUAUAGAGUUUAACAGGAUGGAUCUGUCACCAAAAGUUUUACCUAUGGGUUAAGAAAACCAAAGGAAACAGAAAAAUCUGAUGUUAAUUUUUAAACUGCAUGGAGUUAAAAGUGAUACUGCUAGAAAAUGGGGGAAGUAGCUGUUCUAAAACGUCAGUUAGUCUAAGCAUGUUUGCUUCUAAAUGUCUCAAUUAUGGUUAAAUAUUAGAUGUCAUUUGGAACAUUCUCAUAGAAGAAACCAAUCUGGGACUAGAUCAUACCUCUACUAUGUAAUGCCUUAAGGUGUGCAAAAGCCUUCUCUCCUGCAGGAUCAGAAAGAGGCUUUAUAAUUCAGGCAGUAACACUGCCUGAAAGAACAAGUGGAGAGGAAGGAUCCCCUUUCUGGGCACAUCAUCACCGCUCAUUCACCUCUCUUCACAUGGCAGGCAGCACGCCUCAUUGGCAUAAAAGAAUGGGGCCAAACCGCGGCUCAUUUGGCCACAUAUAAAUUUUCCCAAUUUAACAACUGACAUUUGAAAAUUAAUUAAAAUGCGCUGAUAUUUUUUUUUGCGGUUCUUAUUCUCACAGUAGAGA